AAAUUGAAAACAGAAGUAGCUUGGUAGCUAGCAUUACUCAAAGUAUGAGAUAAGGUAUUACAAUUGCUUUAAAGACUAUGAGUCUCUUCUUAAUUAACCUUCAAAACAAAUCAAAUUGCUCACAAACAAGAUUAUACAGAGGAUCUCUGCUUUUGGACCCUUUUUAUUGAAAAAUGCAUUUGUUUAAAAUUAAAACGCAAAGCCGAAAUGUCUUCCCACGCAAAACCGAAAAAGGAAUUGUUUAUUCUUGUGGCACUUCAAACUAUAGCAUGCAUACGACAGUAUCGAUGAGGCCGACGGCAGUGUGACUAGUAAUGGUACGGCGGAGGUGGUGACAUAUAGUAGUAUGAUGCAGGAGGUGGUGGCGACUUCAUUGGCGGAGGAGGUGAUUUGUAGUAGUAAGGAAGUGGCGGCGAUGGAGAAGGUGGAGGAGGAGAUUUGUAGUAGUAAGGUGGUGGUGGUGAUGGAGAUGGUGGGGGUGGGGACUUGUAAUAAUAGGGUGGUGGAGGAGAUGGUGAUGGUGGUGGUGGUGACUUAUAGUAGUAUGGCGGAGGAGGGGAGGGAGAAGGUGGUGGAGGAGAUUUGUAGUAAUAUGGUGGAGGGCGUGAUGGAGAUGGAGGAGGUGGUGACUUGUAGAUGUAUGGUGGUGGCGGACAUGGGGAUGGAGGAGGUGGAGACUUAUAAAUAUAUGGCGGAGGUGGGGAUGGUGAUGGUGGAGGUGGUGACUUGUAAAUAUAAGGAGGUGGAAGAGAUGGGGAGGGAGGAGGUGGAGACUUAUAAACAUAGGGAGGAGGUGGAGAUGGUGAUGCAGGAGGUGGUGAUUUGUAAAUAUAAGGAGGUGGAGGCGAGGGAGACGGAGGAGGGGGAGACUUGUAAACGUAGGGAGGAGGUGGGGAUGGUGAAGGGGGAGGUGGUGACUUAUAAAUAUAAGGAGGUGGAGGUGAGGGGGAUGGAGGAGGCGGUGACUUGUAAAUAUAGGGAGGUGGAGGCGAGGGAGACGGGGGAGGGGGAGACUUAUAAAUGUAGGGAGGUGGAGGCGAGGGAGACGGGGGAGGGGGAGACUUAUAAACGUAGGGAGGAGGUGGGGACGGUGACGGUGGAGGUGGUGAUUUGUAAAUAUAAGGAGGUGGAGGCGAGGGAGACGGAGGAGGUGGUGACUUGUAGUAAUAGGGUGGGGGAGGAGAUGGAGACGGCGGUGGUGGAGAGUUGUAGUAGUACGGCGGGGGCGGUGAGCCAUAAUAAUACGGUGGCAGUGGUGGCGACUUGUGGUAGUACGGUGGAAACGGCCACCAGUGUUUCGGCAUUUCCGGCGUAGGAGGGGUGGGAUAAAAAUAAGGAUGGUGACCAAAAUUAGCAGCCACACUGCUGGCAAAUGCCACUAAGCAAAAUACCAAAGCACAUACAAAUUGAGGCCAUUGCCCCAAUAUACUUCCCAUCUCAAAAACAAACAACCCCC